UCGCCAGUGUAAGCCCCGCCUCCUCACAACGAGCAUUAACAGCGGUCUGGCUGUCACAGUGAACACGGACUGCAACAUCACAGGAGCGAAAAUGAUCAACUUUAAGGCUUUGGACAACGUCCCUGUCCUCUUGUACAUCUUGGCACUGAAGACACUGCUGCUGUGUUUGGCGUUCGCCGGGGUGAAGAUUUACCAGAGUAAGAAAGCAGAGGAGGCCCUGAAGAAGGAGCAGGCAAAGAAGAGGAGGCUGGCCCAGCAGACACAAGAGCUCAUUGACAACCUGAAAGAGGACUGAACAGAGGAGGGGAGGCGACUGUGCACAGGACACGUUACAUGUAGCGCAGCUACAAACCACGUUCUCCAGAUAUGAGCAGGAUUCCUGACAGUCAGCAGCAGAUGAACUCUUCUGUGCUUCAGAACAUUGGCUCCAGUACCCAGACUGUUGUAGUUUUCUCCAUCUUGUGGGAAUGUUUGACUGAACCAGGCUUUUCUAAGGUGAACGCACGCAGACUCCCAAAACUGAGGAUGAGAUGAGGUACUUUUUAAAAUCUUUUAAACAGAAAUGACUUGAGUGAGUAAAACCCCACAUGUUCAGCAUCAUGUUGUCAUUUGCCAAACAUCUGCUCCGCUGUCAGCUCCACUUCCCAAACAUCAUCUGCCUUGUUCACACUUGUAUCUUCAGCAAAGGUUCAGACUCUGUGGAAAUGAGUCCAACACUUGAAUGAGCUUUACUUUGUACACCAGGUAGAAGUUUGUCAAAUCUGCUUGUUUAUAUGAACACAACAUGGCAUUUGUUCUGUAAGAUUCCUUGUAAAUUGUGAAGAAGCUUUGUGCCUACUUUUUGUAAUAAUUAAACGGUUUGUUCCACAUGUGA